AUAAUAACUGUGAUUGUUGAAUGUUCCCGAUGUGAUGUCGAACUAAUUAAAUUCCCACGAUGAUGUACUUGACGCACUCAUGAGAAAUCGCCAUGCUAUUGUGUACUUUCUUGGUGCUCAAGCAUGUUGCUUCCUGGAGUUGAGGCGUAAAGUUUUCAUGUCACGUGCCAUGUGCCAUUUCCAACUCGAUGUCAAAUCAUGAUUGCUUGCUGGCUGCUGCUGAACCUUACAAGGGUGACGAGAAGAACCAUGGGAAAAGUAAUCACUGAUUACGUACCAAGUUACUGAGGUUCAUGGCUGAUUUAGCUUGCACAUCUUUCUCUCGACUCUAAUUUAUUUGUCCCUAGCCGGGCGCUGUUGCGGUCUCACAAUGAAUCCUGAAAUUCCAGGUUACUAUUACGACUCGGAGAAGAAGAAGUAUUUCAAGAUCCAGAAGUCACAUGCGGCCCCCGCCAACGCGGUGUAUUCUUCAGAUGCUGUCAAGCGGCGCAAGAUCCAGGACAAAACACUUCAGGCGGCAAAGAAGCGGGCGCACCUGGUGAGGAACCACAUCAAGCGGCAUCUCAUCAAUCGUGAUGCUGUGCACGGAGGACUCCUUGCUAGGGAGUUUGGGCUAGGCCGUGUGGCGGAACGCGGACGAGGCCGAGCCGAGAAUGGAGAUCUCAAAGCCGAGGCAUGGGCCCGCGGCGUGGUGGCCAAGGGAAGUGUAUCGUUCGCGCCGAGUUUUGCAAGAGCGAGAUAUCCAAACAUGCCGUGCUUCUAUGUUAAUGGAGAGGAUACAAAGACGGGACUGGGGGUAGCAUAUGCUACCUUGGAUGAAGAGACUCUGGUUGGAAGCCAUAUCCCCACGGACGAAAACGACAACAUUCACUUCUCUCGAGAUGCCCCCAUUGCAUCCGGGAGGGUCUUGUCUUUCCGCACAGAGAUGGUGCGGUGUCCACAGGUGUCCUCCAUCAAGUACCACAGCCCUUCGCACAAAAUUCUCUUGACGUCUCGCGAGCCUGACGAUAGCUGCGGGUUGUACUUCUUCUCGCCUCCCCUAUCGGACCCAGAGGACCUAAGCAAACCAAACUGGCAGCUCGGAGAGACAAACCAUUACCAGAGAUUAUCCAUCCGCCACGGACGACGUGACGAGUGGCUAGUGCAUGGUAGCACGCCCGCACCUCCAUCGUCGGAUCUCGUCUGUGUUAUUGGCACCAAUAGCGGCCUCCUGCAGGUGCGGUCCAACGAGACUAUGUCGUGGAUAGCGCCCCAGAAUACGCCAAAGGGCAUGCACGUCCCGCAGGAGAUAUUCGCCCAAGAUUUUCAGGAAGGCAAUCAUAACAUUCUGCUGGCUGGCGGACGCCAACCGCGCCUCUGGGUCUCUGAUCUCCGCGCUCCAGAAGCACAGUGGUCAUUCACCAAGCACGCUAGCUCUGUCGCCCACCUGCGCAGCGUUAAUCCCAACCACGUCCUUGUUGCGGGCCUGCAAAACUCUAUGGCUUUAUAUGACAUGAGGUUCCUUAACCGCCGACCUAACGGCGCUCUACCGCUGCUCACAUUCCCGGACCACCGGAACGAAGCCCACUUCCACAUUGGCUGGGACGUGAAUCCUCGCCUCGGUGUCGUGGCUGCCGCCCAGGAUAACGGGAUUGUUCGACUCUUCUCCCUCAGCUCCGGCCGCCGGCUACAGAAUCCGGCGGUGGAUUCUCUGCGCUCAAACACACCCCUCAAGGCGCUUAUGUUCCAGACGAUGCCACGCGAGCGACUACCGAGCCUGUUUGUUGGCGAGGGGCCAUCAUUGCGCAAGUUUUCAUUUGGCGCUGCUGAUUUGGAGGAUGAAGCCUGAACUGGGAUGGAUUUGAUUGUUUAGAAGUCAUGGACUUGGUGAUGAAGAUACCCCGACAAAAGGAGGAGAUGUUGGUUUGGCAAUCAGAACGCUCUUACACUUGCAUAUGUAACGAAUUUAUGAAAGGCAUUAUGAUAAUAAGAUUUUUUGAGAAUA